AUGAUGAUGAUGAAUCGACAGCCGUCAUUGCAUAAACCUUCCAUACAAGGACACAGGGCGCGUAUAAUAACUGGUCAACGAGCACUUCGAAUGAACUACGCUCCAUGCAAAGCUUAUAAUGCAGAUUUUGAUGGAGAUGAAAUGAAUGGUCAUCUCGUUCAAAGCCAUAUUGCGCAAUGCGAAGUGGCAGAGCUGGCUAAUGUUGGAAGUAACUUUUUGGUUCCUAAAGAUGCGACACCGCUUCUUGGCUUGAUACAAGAUCACGUUGUCUCGGGUCUGCAUGGUUUCACCCUUGGCGUAGCAGAUAUUCUUGUUAGAAAAGAUGCUGACAAAGCGAGGAAACAGGCGAUCAAAGAAUCGCGGACAAUUGGGGAUCAGGUUGUGCGCAAUGCAUUUGGACUUGAUGAAAAUGCUACUCACGCAGAAAUCAAGCGGGUGUUGGCAUCAACAUAUUGUAACCCAAGAGGACAAGGCCAAGAUGUGAAAAUGCUGGAUUACUCUAUGAAGCAGAACAUAUCGAAGUAUAAUGAUGCUAUCACGAAGGCCUGCGUACCGGAAGGCUUGAUCCGCCAGUUUCCAGAAAAUGCACUUCAAGUAAUGAUUCAGUCAGGAGCUAAAGGGUCAGCUGUCAAUGCAAUUCAGAUUUCUUGUUGCUUGGGUCAAAUUGAAUUAGAAGGCAAACGCAUGGCUGUAACUGUUGCAGGCAGAACGUUGCCAUCGUUCAAAGCCUUCGACCCUUCACCACGUGCAGGUGGGUACAUCGACCAAAGAUUCUUGACUGGUAUUAAUCCACAGGAGCUGUUUUUCCAUACGAUGGCUGGUAGGGAGGGUCUUAUUGAUACGGCUGUGAAGACUUCUCGAUCUGGAUAUCUGCAAAGAUGCUUGAUAAAGCAUCUCGAAGGCUUAAGAAUCCAUUACGACGGGACAGUCAGGGAUCAUGAUGGAUCAGUUGUGCAGUUUCAUUAUGGUGAAGACGGGCUCGACGUAAUUAAAUCAACUUACAUAAGUCCAAAAACAUUUCCCUUCCUUAAAGACAAUCUCGACGCUGUUACACAUUGCUCUAAACCCGAUGAUAUGCGCGACUCAGAGUUCAAUGUGGAAGCGGCAGAAAAACAGUAUAAAAAGAUCAAAAAAUGGCGAAAGAAAAUGGGAACAGACCGUCCCAAGAAGCAAUACAUUUCCGGAUUUACGCAGUUCUCUAUGGAUCAAAUUGGUGCUGCCAAAGAGCAGAUGGUUGCAAUGUGGGCAGAAAUGGAUGCUGCGGAACGGCUCGUUUACGAGAAGAGAGCGCCAAGGAAGUGCCCACAUUCAGUUGAUGAG